AUGGAGUUUUCUUUUCUGCAGCUCACCAUCUCCAUAAUUGCCUUAGCCGCCAUUGCCCAAACAUCUUUCGUACAAUCCGCCUGUGACUCUGAUUGCGUUAAAGGGUUUGUUGCUGCACAUAACGCGGCCCGACAAACUGUUGGAUCUCCACCUGUUAACUGGAACUCCACCUUAGCAGACAUCGCCGAAUCCUAUGCUGCCAAGAGGUCUGCUGACUGUGUGCCGCAGAACUCUAACGGGCUGUAUGGGGAAAACAUUGCGGUGGCCUCUGCCGAAUUGUCUCCGGCGGAUUCCAUGAAGUUGUGGAUGGGUGAGAAGAAGGACUAUGACCACGCAUCGAAUUCUUGCACCAGCGGCAACAAUUGCCGCUCUUAUACGCAGGUGGUUUGGGGCGGCAGCACGAGUAUUGGCUGUGCUAGGGUUACGUGCAAAACUGAUUGGAUGUUUGUCAUCUGCUACUAUAACCCUCCGGGCAACUAUAUGGGCGAAAAACCAUAUUAA